AUGGCAGCAGUUUACAAAAGUAUCGCUAAGAAGAAGGCGCGUCAGCCUGUCGAGGACGUGGAUGAGGAUAUGGACAUGGAAAUGGAAGAUUUGUUGAACGAUGCGGACGACACCACCGACAGCGAAGAAGAUGAGGAAGAAGACCGUAUCGCUGAGGCCAAGAAGCAGCUGGCUGCUGGAUUCAUGCCCAAGACCCGAGUUCUCAUUCUCACCUCUCGAGGUGCUUCUCACCGCCACCGACACUUGAUGACCGAUCUCUGCGCCCUUCUCCCCCACACCCACAAAGAGACCAAGCUUGACACGAAGAAGAAGACCGCCGGUUACAACUUGUUGUUGAACUCGCUCGCCGAUCUCCACUCGUGCAACAUGAUUUUCUUCCUGGAGGCUCGCAAGAACGGGCAAGAUCUCUACCUCUGGCUUUCGCGCCCGCCGAAUGGCCCUACCAUCAAGUUCCACCUCAACAACCUGCACACCAUGGGCGAGCUCGGUGCCGGAUUCGCGGGCAAUUGCCUCAAGGGCGGCCGAGGUGUGGUGGUCUUCGAUAAGUCAUUCGACGAGCAGGGUCCCGACAUGGCUGCACCUGGCUCUGAAUACCGGGGUCUUAUCCGAGAGAUGUUGCGCGGUGUCUUCUGUGUCCCCAAGCGCGGUGUCAAGGGCAUGAAGCCUUUCGUUGAUCGUAUCAUUGGUAUCUUCGGUGUUGACGGAAAGAUUUGGAUCCGCGUGUACGAGAUUCGCGAAUCCGAGGGUAACAGCAAGAAGGACGGCGAGGAGACUGCUAAGCCUACUCCCAAGGGCAAGGAUGGCCUGCCUGAGGUCUCCUUGGUGGAGAUCGGUCCCCGCUUCGUCCUGACCCCCAUUGUCAUCUUGGAGGGCAGCUUCGGCGGUCCCGUCAUCUACGAGAACAAGGAAUACGUCAGCCCCAACCAGGUUCGUCGUGAGAUUCGCAUGAGCAAGGCCGGCCGCUAUUCUCAGCGCCGUGAUAACCAGACGGAACGCGUCGCUAAGCGUACUGACCUGGGCCUCACGGACAACUCCUCCCGGAAACCGGACGCCAUGGAGACAAGAAAGCUUUUCGCAUAG